UGCAAGGGUACUUUCUGUUGCCCCAUUUCCUAUUGCUCAGAUAACUGCCAUGGACUCUGUUUCCAACGACUGAAUAUGAGGAAACUGGCAUUAGGUGGAAUUUUCGUCAGGUACCAUACAUUGCCGUGCUGUAAUGUUACCAUGUCAACAGUGAGUCCUACAUCUGGUGAAUACUGCCGAAGAGCCUGCUGUUGGCUGUUGCUUAUUGUACAAUGAUGGAUCGACGGCAACAUGGUCGUUUUGGGUCUUUUGUUCGAAGGAGAAUUGUCGCUCCCUUCAAGGCUGCCCUACGUGGUAUGCCGGCAUGUCCCCCGACAAGCUGUCGCUGACAAUAACGCUAGCGGUUGUAUGUGGUCUCUUCCCUGUCCUCGGGGUUACCUCACUACUCUGCCUAGCUGCUGCGUGGCGUUUCGGCUUGAACACACCGGUUAUGCAAGCUAUCAACCUUCUCCUUACUCCUGCUGAUGUCGCUUUGUCACUUCCAUUUAUGCGCUUUGGGGAACGUAUCUUGCACCGAGAUCCUCUCCCACUUUCUCCCGCGGACCUUAUUGCUCAUUUGAAGCAAGUUGGAUUUUGGAGUGGGGCGUCUACCAUUAUCACUGGCCUUGGGUGCGCGAUAUUGGGCUGGGCAGUCGCCAUGGGGCCUGUAGGAACCGUUAUCUAUUACGCCUUGCGACCUAUCGUCCGGAAAAUUAUGCUGAAAAAGGACGCAGCAGCUGAAUUGGAAGAUCCAUUGCUGCGGGCAAGACAUCGGUCGAGUCCGGGCGUCGAUGAUUGACGAGCUACGCAUGAGUUAGUUUUCGCCUUUGCAUCUAGGGCUUUGAGUAUGCACUAGCAUUUUGAGACCAGUAGUACACAUUAUAUCCGGCGAUGUCCAGCGAGCUAACAACAUAAAAUUAUAUCACUCCAAUUCGCUGUCAGGAAUUACGCUUUCCUCUUGCGUGUAAAUGUUGCUUGCCUUUAUAGAUUGGUAAGUUGCUGCCAUCAGCAACUAUUGGAAAGGUUUACCUACC